GCUGUAUCUUGGCUCAGGUACUUUCUUUUUCCUUUUUAAAAUAAUUACUCAAAUGGGACUGAGUGCACAGAUCAUAUAUUAAUGGCAGCACAAAUUAACGGUUAGCAAGAAUUGUUUCUAAAUAAAAACAUCGUGUAGAAACACGUUAAAUUGAUGUUCAGUGCGCAGUGGCUAAAGCUAUAUGAUAGCAUUUAGCUAAGCUUGUUAGCAUGUUGCCAUUAGCGGUGAGCUAACUCUGUACAAAUGCGGCUAGGCUAAUUGAACCUCAUGCACAAGAAGUUGCGUCCCCACUGAUACGUCCAGAAACGGUUGUUUAAUCUGCUAAUUACUGCAAGCGGUGUGUGAACCGGCCAGCGUGGACGUCUGCCCGUUAGCCUGUUAGCUCGAUGGUAACAUGUUGAGCGAGGUCAGUGUGUGGUGGUGAAUGUCAGCCACAUGACCACCGGCGCUACGCCCGCUGUAAGUACGGCGACCAGACAAAAGCUGCGGCCGCUAGCACGUUCACGUCGGCUGUCGACGGUGGCCGCUGUGUGUAGAGAGUGGCUGAGGUCGGUACCGUCUCUGUGACGGCCGGCGCGUGUCGCUUUGGCCGGUAGCCCGCGGGCCUUUCACCGGCUGUCAGGGCGGAACCGCUCUGAAACCUGAAGCGACCCAUCUCGCGUGUUGUUUGAACUUAAUGUGCUGGUGGUGCAGUGACGGGAGACAGGUGGCCGCACAUCUGUCCAAGUCUCCUAAAGCACCAAGUUCUACAAAAGCCCCUCUGACACUUAAGCCCCCCGUACUAAUAUGCAGGACGGGACAUUAAGGUUUAGCUGGCCAACAUUAUGACCACGUGAAGGCUUUGUCACCUCCACCUAUAAGCUGCUGGUCACCUACUUCCACACAACUUGCUCUUGCUCCUUCUUAGAACAGAUGAGUUUUCUGGCACUGUCUUGUGGGAUAAUGGUUUUGUCCCGAGGCUCUGUUCACUGAUCCAUACAUAAGACUAGGUCGUGCAACAUAAAUAUUUAAGCUCGUAUUGAUUAAUAAUAUUACAGCACCGACUAUUUGUUUCCUGAGCUUUAAACCACGUGUUCUUUCUGUGAAUUAUUAAAUCAGUGUCCCCAGUGACUGUUUGUGUUCUCCUCAGAUGGUGCUACUAAGCACUGGCUAGUUGGUCCAGAUGUCGGAGGACCAGCGGUACCAGCAGGGGGAGGGUGGGCUGGAGGCAGGGGAGGGUGACACUGAGCCCAGCAUGCUGCUGCAGAAACUCAAGAACAACAUCUCUAAGAAUGUUCAAACCAAAGUGGACCAGAUCCUGCAGGAUGUUCAGCGCUUCUCAGACAAUGACAAAUUGUACCUGUACCUGCAGCUGCCAUCUGGACCCAGCUCUGGAGACAAGAGUGGUGGUGACUCGGGAUCAUUCAACACAGCCGACCAGCUUCACACCUGUAACUGGAUCCGCAGUCACCUGGAAGAGCACUCCGACACCUGCCUGCCCAAACAGGACGUCUAUGAGACCUACAAGAGAUACUGUGACAACCUGCAGCACCGUCCUCUGAGCGCUGCCAACUUUGGGAAGAUCAUCAGAGACAUUUUCCCAAACAUCAAGGCUCGAAGGCUUGGUGGAAGAGGACAGUCCAAGUACUGUUACAGCGGCAUCAGGAGGAAGACUGUUCUCAACAUGCCUCUGCUGCCCAACCUGGACCUGAAGAAUGACCCGGCAGAGCUGACUGAGCUGGUCCAAACCUACAAGCAGGAAGUGACAGAGGCGGCAUGUGAGCUGAUCUGUGAUUGGGCACAGAAGAUCUUGAAGCGCUCAUUUGACACAGUGGUGGAGAUUGCUCGCUACUUGAUCCAGGAGCACAUCGUCAACCCUCGGUGCAGUCAGGCCGAGCUGGUCACUUCUGCUGCUCUUGCAGGAGGUCCAGCCAAAACCCACAAGGUCAUCAAAAAAACUCCAGUCAUCUCUAAACCUGACAGCGAUGGACCUGCAGAGCAGAAGAAGGACCUUGGAGACGCCUCUUCUGUGUCCUCACUGAAGCUGCUGCCUGGAGACAAACCACCAGCAGCUAAACCUUCCUCUGUGGAUGCCCCUCUGCCCUCCUCCUCCUCUACUUCCUCUUCUGCUCUGGUGGAGGCCUUUAUGAAGCAGUUACCAAGAAUCCUCCCUCGAAGCUCCAUCCCUGAUAAGACCUCUUCUCCACCUUCGCUGGCUCCCAAAGACCCCUCGGGAGUAGUUGCGGCAUCUGCACCUGGAGGUCCUGCUGCUGCCGCCGCUGCCAGCGGGACAGGGGUGAAGGUCAUUGCUAUGGCAACGCUGCCACAGCAGCAGGGUGGGCCUGUGCCAUUGAUGAUCUUGCCCCAGGGUUGUCUGUCAUAUGAGAGAGAGGUUGCUCCUCCUCUCCCUCAGCCACCUCCGCCUCCUGCCCAGCAGCACCAUGCCUCUGCAACCUCCAUCUCUGUGUUGCAGAAGACACAAAGCAGUGCCAGCAAGCGCACCCUGGAGGUGGUGCCACCAGGCAGUCCAGCAGGUGUGUCUGGGGGGUCUGCGGCCGGCCCCCUUCCAGUGAAAAGAAAACGCGGACGACCAAGAAAACCUCGACCCGAGGACAGUCUGCCUUCUCCAUCUGCUGCCCCUCAGCCCCCACCUCCAGCACCGUCCCCCCACUCUCCAAUCAUCACACCUGUAAUGGGUGGCGUCAUCCAGAAAGCCUCGUCCUCUGCUUCCUCCUCCUCCUCUGCACAGCCAAUGCUGGAGCUGGUCAUCCAGGACCAGCAGGGGUUGGUUCUGAGUCAGUUGCCGACAGUGUCAGAGCAUCGUGGGGUUGUGGUUCAGUGUCAGCCUGGUGGGGCAGUCGAGUCAGACCACCAUGCCCGGCCAAUGCUGCUGCUUCAGAACCCCAGUUGGGAGCUGGCGGGAUCGGGGCGGACCCCAAUGGUGGAGGUGAUCCAGAAAGCCCCGAGACCGAGCAAUAACAACAGCAGCAGCACUCCUUUGCCUGCACACCUCCACCCUCCUCCCAUUCCCCUUCUGCCCAUGCUGCAGGAGGAGCAGGCGGAGGUGGAGAUAACGCUGACGCCAGUGGAUCUGAACGUCACUCCAACACUGCCUCCUUCCACCUUAUCUUCUCUUUCAUCCCUUGCUGCUCUUGCUUCCUCCUCCUCUUCCAUCUCUUCCACCCUAGCUGUAAAGGAGGAGGAGGAGGAAGGAGAGAGCAUGAGCACCUCCUGAAAAAGAGGAGGACAUGAGUUUUCAUCACUCUACUUCCUUCUCAAGCUUCCUCACUCAGCUUUACCUCACAUUCCCUUCCUAUACUGGUGGAAAUCCCAGAUUGGCCACAGCUUCCAAUCAGAGGAAGAAUGAAGCCAGAACGCACUUUCUCCCCCCAUUGCACUUGUAAUCAAACUAGAUGCUGGUAGAAACCUAUGAUUGUUUCACUGCAUGUCUGUCCAGCGACAGGACACCUGUGGCUGAAACAGAAAAACGACUCCUCAGGUGGAUGCACCUGAUCACACCGCCCUCCUUCCUCCUGUUCCAUCUUUGCUCUGUAAAUGUCCAAUUUUCUGUGUCUGAUCAUUUGCUGUGUUUCGCUUUCUGCUUCCACUGCUUCGGAUCAGAUGUAAAAAAAGGCAAGAAGCUAAAACGAAAAGGAAAGAGUGUGAAGUAAUGUAAGUAAUGAACCACAUCAAGUUCAUCUUGAUACUUAGUGGGUUUUACGGGUCUGAGCCUUAUAAAGGUUCUUUGUGUUAAAUAAGAGAAAUGACCUCAGCCUUGAUUCACCUUCACUCCAGUUCAUGGAAAUGGAGGAAGGAAACAUUAGUUUCCUUCAUGUAUUGGUCAUAUUGUAAAUGUGAGGGAAGAUCUGAAGCUAAAGCUAAAAUGAGAAAACACAAAGGCAGAGGGAGACUGUGUAUGUGUGUGCGUGCAUGUGCGCGUGUGCAAGAGAGGAUAAAACAUUUGAGGCUCGUCUAAAUGACCCAUCACAUAUACAUGAUGGUUACUGAGCCAGUUCAAAUAAAUGUAGAGCUAUUUUUAAAUUAUUUAUUAUUUCUGAUUAUUUAUUACAAACACCAGCACUUGAUAUGAUUUAAUUGGUGAAUUUAAUAUUGGUAUUAUUGGUAUUAUUUCAAAAUGAAUUAAAACUACAAUAACAUCUUUUCAUAUUUAUCCAGCUUCUACUCAUUAUUGUUGGGGCUGUAACUAUUGGCUAUUUACAAAAAAUCAGCACAUUGCUUAUUUAUUAAAAUAAUUGCCAAGCUUUAAUGUGAAAUGUGUUGACCUGACCCACAGACACACAGAGCUUUGAUGACCAGAACCAGACCGGACACUGUGUUUACAAAUCCUUUCACUGCCACAUUGUCCGACUCCUCCUGCAGAACUGGAUGAGCUGCUCAUGUACUUGUAAUUGGAAACAAGAUAAAGUCCUAAGUUUGAUGUUUAUUAGAGGAUAGAACCCGUCGGCUCAGCUCCAAGAGCAAAGCACAGCGUUUCCUGCCACGUAGCACUAGCGCCGUUUAGAGAUGCAAUACAAGCUGUAUGAUGAUAGGUUUGCCUUUGUAGCACAUCCUUGCUGGCUUCGCUGCUGCUGCUGCUGCUGCUGCUGCUGCUGCUGCUGUUUGUUGCCAUGCACCCUUUGCACUAACUCUUCCUUAAACUCAACACUGUGCAUCAGCAAUGUGACGUGACCUCCUCUUUACACUGGAGCCGUUCUGAAGCAGAGACACUAACAAAUGACAGGUGUGAUCACCCAACUAAACUAAAGACAGACCGGAUAAUGAGCAACACAUUCAGGAACCGAGACGUUAAUACAGCCACUAAUUCUUUCUGCUGCUGAAUGAUUGUUUUCAGGCUAUAAAACAUUAUUCCCUACUUUGUCUGGUUCCUUCGAGAAGAACUUUGAUUAUUUCGCGUUGCUGAUGUUGAGGCUUUGUUGUUCAUUGUUGGUGCUACGAGCCAUAGGGGUGCGUGUGUGUGUGUGUGUGUGUGUGUGUGUGUGUGUGGGAAAAGACUUGUAUGUGAUGAGUUUUUGUCAUUGAGCGUUAAUGCUGAUGUUUGGUUUUGACCAAGCACCGUCUCCUUGUUGUUUGAGAGCAGACGCUGUGUUAAAGUAACUGCAGGGAUUUGGAGAGAAGGGGCCUAAAAGCUGCUUUAAAGCAACAUUUCACUCGCUGUCAUGUUAUAAAAGUCUAACAUUGUGAUGACUUGUUUUUGGCAAUCAAAGCGGUGGUCAGCACUUGAAACGAGAGGUAUGACUGACACGCUGUUUGUGAACCUGGUGGCUUAAGGUUGUUUUAGUAGCUCAGACAAUGAGCAAAGCUUCAGUGUGGAGCAAAGUUACUAAUGUGACUGUUUAGGACUUUGAAUUGUGUUGGGUGUUUGGACUUUUCUUUUGUUAACAGUUCACAGUCAUCUUGUUGUUGACUGAAACUCAGUAAAAGCAGUAAUUAUGUAAUUAGUAUUUCUGUGUAGACGCGUCUCGUCCACAGCAGAGGAGAUGCGUAUCAAAGUGAAAUGUUGCUUUUAGCAUCUUGUUGGGCAUCAGUUGCCAAAGCAAACGGUAGAAGUGAAACUGGAGGUUGCACAGUUAAACCUGCUGGGCUAAACUGGGUAAAACUUUAAAGGAGAGUUAAAGAAGGUGUUUCCAGCAGCGUGUGUCCAAAAGGCAGCUGAAGAAAUGAAGGCAGAGAGAAGUUGAUCUGCUGGACUGCAUCUGCGCUGGAUCCAAAGGAAAACAGAAAAACACCAGGAUGAACAGAUGCUGAGACAAAGUUUAGCUCUGAUCUAAGUACUGAUGAGGCAGAAGGAUGGUGUCCUACCAGCGCUUUGAGUCACUCAGUAGCAAACUAUUCACUGUCACCUUUGGGACUAAGCUCUGAUCCAGAGACCUGGACGCUGCGCUGCCUUAUGUGGAGCAAAGACGGCAUGAAGCCUCAAUGUUUGCCCAGUUUGGCCCUGCACUGGGAGCUCAGCUGUCUUCACUGUGGAGCCAUGUUGCUCAAACAAAACCAGAAACGGGUCAGAUAAUCAAAGCUAAGUAGGAUCGGGAUUCGGGUAGCAGCGCGUCGACCAGUCGGGAUCGGAUUCAGUGACGCUGUGUCAUCUGAUGUCACUUCCUGUAAAUUCAGCGUUUUGGUAGAAUUCAUUUUGGUAGAAGCUCAUUUUAACCAUGAGGCCUCAGAUCAGCUUCAGACAUGAAGGAGUGUUUCACAGCCUGUAUGAACAAGAUGAAUCUAAGGAGACGUCCAUCCCACUGAUGGAUGAAGUCUGACAUUGGGCUGGAACUGAAAUAAAGAUGCUAGGGGUGAACUUCUUAUGUUUGUUUGUUUUUCUCAGUCUGAUAUGUUCAUGUAUGUAAACAAUUAAAGGGAAUUCUUCUUGUCUUUUGCCUCCCCGGCUCAGGAUCUUGGGCCAGGGUGGUCCCAAGCAGUUCCACUGGUCCAGUUUUAUGUGGAUGCAUUAACCACUGAUUUUCCCGCACCAAACAGUUACAUUUGGCUUCAUGAUGCCAUUUUCUGUUCAUUCUGUGGACAGCGGUCCAAUGAGCUUGUUUUGCCUUCUGUGUUUUUCAGACAGUUUAUUUUUGGUCUUUGUUCCUGUUGUUGCGUCUGAACCUGUUGCUUCGCAGUUGUACAGCUUGUUAAUGUGCAGAUUCUGUUGUUAUUAUUCGUGCUGUUUCAGUGAAGAUCUUUUAAUCAUGUCUUUGUUUUGUGAAGACGCUGUCGGUUUCCUGCAUGAGUUCAUGUGACUUUGUUUUUGGAAAUUAACUUUGUUUUGGGUUUUUUUUGUAAUUUGCUCCUAAAACAUGUUGGAGGUCGACAUCAGCCCAACCCUGCAAAAAAUAAAUUUCCCCUCAUUUUUGUUGGUUUGAAAAGACAAUAAUCAGUAAAAUGUUGAUCAUCCGUGUGAGUUCUCUGCCCGUUUGUUACUCUGAAAAUGCUUUCUUUGUUUGUUGUAAUAAGGAAAUGAAAAGUGAUGGACGACACAACAUUAAUGUGAAUCUAUUUUCUUACUCUGUUUAAAAUAAAGGAUGUGACGUUUACUGGCAGACGUCCUCCUCUUUUUUUUUCCCCACAAUUUUACGUUUCUGCUUUUUACCAAAUUUUUCCUGAUUUGUGUCAUUUUGUUUUUAUGCUUCUCUUUUAUGCACGUUUGCUUUUCCCCCACAAAUUCUUCAGUCCUGCCAAUAGCAGUCACAAACUGUCCAGCUACAGAUGACAUCAGGUUUAUUUCAGGUGGCUCAAAGUUAAGUCCAUAAACAUGUGAAGGGAUGAAUCAUAUCAGAAAAUCAACUGGGUUGACAAACUAUGUUUUAAUACGAACGGAAACAGAACCUAAAUCAGAACCCCUUUCCUUGAAUUAAACCGGAAGUCUAAACGCUGACUGAAUAAAGGUUUGUGUAACAAUCUCAAGGAAAAUAUUAAAGUCGUUGAGGGUGUACGUCA